AUGUCUUUCAUGCCAUCAGGAAAUGUUCAACCGCCAAAGCCUGGGCAAUAUCCAAAAUCGCUCGAUUCCAAUCCACACAAGAGCCCUUUACCGCCCCAGUCAGUCUCACCAACAGUAUCAACUACGAUAACUGAUAAGAUUGCAAAGGAAAUUGAGCUAUUGCCUGCUUCCACAGCAAAAACACCGUCUCAAAAAACAAAAAAGGAUGAAAAGCUCUCAACUGAGAAACAUUCUCAACAAACCGGUGAAGUUGAAGUAGAAGAUGACGAAGAACCUCAGAUUCGUCAACGCGAGACUGAUAUUUCCGUUUCUAACGAAAAACAGUUGGAUGAAUGGAAAGAAAGAAAAUCUAAAGAAAAACGGAAAUCCAAAACGGCGGAGAAGAGAAAGAGUGAAAAAUCUGCUGAUCAAAAAUAUCCUCAGACAACAUCAACGCCAAUAGUACGAUUUAGUAAUAUAAACUUAAGCUAUGUCAUCAAUCUAAAGAUGGAUCUUGCAUAA